AUGGCGGAUGACGGCACAGAGAUUUCAAUGUCCUUUGAAGAGACGAAUGCUCUCCGUAUCAAACUAGGACUCAAACCACUAGAACCUGGCAAAGGAUCAAACAAGGACAAAGAAGCUGCUGAAAACUACGAGAAAGCAAGAGAUGCUGAACGUGAAAAGGCUACAAGUAUCGCUGCAAAGGAUUCUAUUGAAGCAUCAAAGAACAGACGCAAACUACGCCAAAAGCUAUCUGGCCCGACUCUAGCUGAUGAUGCCGACUUGGAUGAUACUCUGGCAUGGGUACAACGAUCUGCCAAGAAGAGAGAGGUGGAGCUAGCAAAGAGAAAGGAAAGGGAAUUGGAAGAGUUGGAUCAGGAUGCUAUCAAGGAUUACACCGCUUCUGACUUGUCGGGCCUAAGAGUCGGUCAUGACUUGGAAGAUUUCACUGACGGUGGUGAAAAGAUUCUAGUUCUGAAGGAUUCUACUAUUGAAGAGAAUGAAGAGGAAGGAGACGAACUAUUAUCAGUAGCAAUAGCAGACUCGGAACGUACUCGCAAAAACCUAGAAAAUAAACGCAAGAAGAAGGCCUACACGGGUUUCGAAGACGAUGAAGAAUCCCUCACACUCGGCACACGUAAAAACAUCCUCUCCCAAUACGACGAAGACGACGAACAAGCCACGAGAUCCGGAUUCUUUAUUGCUGACAAGGGUGGAAUAAAUAUAGUAGAUGAAGAAACCCGUCGUAAUCAAAUAGCAGAACGAUUAAAAGCAAACUCUAUAUCGCUAAGUCAGGACAAGAUGAGGGAGAUUAAAGAUUAUUAUACGCCUGAAGAAGAGGCAUCGUUAUUAGCAUUCAAGAAACCAAAUGAUAAGAAAAAGAAAUCCAAAAAGCCUAAAUCUACUCGUAAACGUGACAAUGACGAUGAUUCGAUACCAUCAGCAGUAGUACAGGGUAGUAACAUGACGGAUGAUAUGGAUGUAGAUGAAGAAAGGCCAAAGACAUUUACAUAUAGUAAUCGAGAUGCGAAUAUUGAUGGGACGAAUUUUGUGGAUGAUGAUGAUUUGCAGAUGGAGCUUGCUAGAGCUAGACGGGUUAAUAUGAAGAUGAGGCCCAAGUUGAGUGAAGAGGAGAUUGCUAAAAUGGCCAGAGAAGCAGAAGCAGAAGAAGCCCAACAAGAAAUCAAGCAAGAAGGAAAUGGUGGUGGCAUGAUAUUAUCCGAUACUUCAGAGUUUGUACGGACGUUAAGUACAGCUCCUGCCUUCCAACCAAACAUUAAACGAGAAGUUAAACGUGAAGAAGUAGAACCAACACAUACUCCACAACCACCUAUAAAUACUCAACCAUCACAUAAACCAUCCCAGCAAUGGGCUGAAGUAGACAUGGAUGUAGACCAAGAAGAACCCAGUAUAAACGGCUCAACAAUGAUGGAAGUCGAAGAAGAGCGAGAAGAAGGAGAACUAGAACCAAACAUUGAAGAAUUCGAAGAACCACUAGUCUCCUCCGGCCUCGCAGCAACCAUAGCCCUUCUUUCUCAAAAGGGUCUCGUCCAAAAGACUGACUCUGAUUCUAUAGAAAAGGAACGAAAAGGGCGUGAUCGCAUGGUAUGGAUGAAUGAGCAACGUAAAAAGGAGAAGUUGAAGGAAAUAGAAAAGGAGAAGAAACGGAUUGCUAAUCGUGCUAAUAAUGAGGCGAAUAAGAAGAAGGGUCAAAGUGGUGGGCAGACUUAUUAUGAUGAGGAUGACGAGUAUAAUAGGAAGGAGGCUGAGAGUCGUGCUGAAGAGAGGUCGAGGUUGAGGGAGAUUGAUGAGAGGUUUAAGGAUUAUAAGCCGGUUGUUGAUCUAAAGUACCAUGAUGAGUUUGGUAGGACGCUGACUCCCAAAGAGGCAUUCAAAACCCUCUCACACCAAUUCCACGGCGUAAAGCCAGGAAAAAUGAAGACUGAAAAGAAACUAGCCAAAAUAGCCCAAGAACUCAAAGAAAAAGCCAUGCCAACAUCCGACACACCACUAGGAACCGCCGCCGCCCUACUCGAUCGACAACAACAAACCGGUAGUGCAUACAUCACGCUCCAGGUCGGUAACCGAGCCGUCAUGCCAUCCGACACACCGCUAGCCAAGAAGGACGUAGCUGUGAAACCACCUAAGAAGAAGGCUGCUGGUGUGUUAGCAUCCAAGAAGACUGUUGGGGGAAGUGCAUCUGUACAUGCGUCAGGAUGGGUGGAUAAUAUGGUUCAGGAUCAGAGCAAUGAGGGUGAGAGGAUUGGACCUGUGCUGAUGGCUACUACUGUGCCGGUUAUUGCUGCGACGUCGUUGUCGUCUUCGGCAAGCAAUAAGGGGAGAGAGAAAGUCGCGUUUGGAUUGGGGAAGCGUAAGCAGAUUGCGCAUGAUGAUGGGGUGGCAAGUGGUAGUGGGGGAGGAGAUGAAGGGUCUCCGGCAAAGAAGAUGAAGCAGGAGCAGUAA